CCUGUGAUAGCGUCGUGUCUUGGAGUUAUGAAAGAGUGAAUGAGGUCUUUGCUGAGUUUAAACAGACCUACCGGCUUUAGUUGGAUGACUUCUUUAAAACUUCGUCUGGCACGGUCAAAUUUUAUUCGCUCUGGUAUUGUCGUCGUGGUUAGAUACUUCUCUGCUGUCGUUAUGGACGGCAUGGGUCUGGCGGUCAGUCGUUCACAGCUCGAGCGCCUCGAAUUUGACAAUGUCGCACUCAAGAAACUUCCACUGGAUACAUCAGCAGAGCCUGGCCCGCGAAGGGUGACAGGAGCCUGUUUCUCUCGAGUAAAACCACAGCCAGUGGUCAAGCCCAGAUUUGUGGCCGUCUCGAAUGAUGCUUUGGCUUUGCUUGGGCUGAACGCCAUGGAGGUUCUGAAUGACCCACUGGGUCCAGAGUAUCUGAGCGGUUCCAAAGUAAUGCCAGGGUCCGAGCCUGCAGCGCACUGCUACUGCGGUCACCAGUUCGGGUCAUUCGCCGGACAGCUGGGGGACGGGGCGGCCUGCUAUCUCGGUGAACUAAAAGCUCCAGCAGACCAGUCCCCCGAGCUGCUGCGAGAGAACCCCAGUGGCCGGUGGGAAAUUCAAGUCAAAGGAGCUGGACUGACGCCCUAUUCCAGGUGGGACAGUAUUGCAUAAGCAUGACUAGACAGUUUUAAAAAAAUUAUUUAGCUAAUUCAUCAGUUUAAAAAAAAUAUAUAGUUGACUGUCAUUGUAACUUAGCCUAUAAAAUGUGCUAAUGUUGCUGAAUACAUUUCUAUCAUACUUUCUCUCCCUUUCCCAGACAAGCGGAUGGGCGUAAGGUGCUGCGCUCCAGCAUCAGGGAGUUUCUGUGCAGCGAAGCGGUGUUCGCUCUGGGCGUGCCCACCACAAGGGCGGGGUCACUGGUGACCUCCGACAGCAAGGUGGUACGGGAUGUGUAUUACAGCGGGAACCCCCGCAAAGAGAGGUGCUCUGUGGUCCUCCGUAUUGCACCCACCUUCAUCAGGUGGGUAGCCUAUCACAUGUUCUCAGUCUCACAGUUAUGACAAAUUACUUUAAGGAACAAUACUAAAACGUGUCACUAUGAUCAUUUUGUUUGCGUACACACAGGUUUGGGUCCUUUGAGAUCUUCAAGGCGACUGAUGAGAACACAGGCCGCCAGGGCCCCAGCUACGGCCAUGAUGAGAUCAGAGGUCAGAUGAUGGAUUAUGUCAUAGAGACCUUCUACCCAGAGAUCCACCAGAACAACACAGACAGAGUGGAGAGGAAUGUGGCAUUUUUCAGAGAGGUAUACUAUAAACACCACUAGAUUCAGUGAAGCAUCCAUGAUUCAUUAUGUUAAAGUGUACAGUAAUGCUCUUAGGCUUUAUGAAUUUGAAGGAUAUCCUUCAUGAAAGUAAAACUAAUUUGACUCAAAGCAGACUGUAGGCCUACAUUUGAGCGCACUCUAACCUUGACCUUUUUGUCAUGGAGCCAAGAACACUGCUAUCCUCUUAUCCUGUUAAUCUGCUGUCGAUAGGACGUCGAAAUACAGUUGGAGUAUGACACAGCCUUAGCACACACUGUGCUAUUAAUGAAUUAUCGUCUCUAUUUCUAAUUGGUAUCGGCAAAGUAGUACAUUUAAGAUGUUAUUGUUUUGCGAUUAGCUAGAUGCAUUGCUAAACAUAUUAGCAUUUCUCACUUGAAAAAUAUUAUUUGACCAUCACAGCACAGUAUAUAAUCCCUAAAUAUGUGUUGCCUAACCCAGCACCUAAGCAAGAGAUGGAUUCAAGUUUAAACUACUAGACCCAAGUAAUCUCCUCUUCCUUCUGUUCCGACACUGGUGCGUGUUUGUGUGUAUGUGUUUGUCCCUGACUGUGUGGUAGGUGAUGCUGCGUACAGCUCGGCUGGUGGCCCAGUGGCAGUGUGUGGGUUUCUGCCAUGGAGUCCUCAACACAGACAACAUGAGCAUUCUGGGACUCACAAUAGACUAUGGCCCCUAUGGCUUCAUGGACAGGUACGUCAUACAGUACUCAGCAGCAGUCCAUCUCUUCCACAGCAGUAGCCUUGACUAGCAUGAAUGGCUGACCUGCUUUAUUUUAAUUGUAUUAUUGCCAUCUUCAAACUUCAACUUCACUCUUAAUGUACUUGUUGUUACUGAAUCCAAACAUUAUUUCAAACAAGGGUCUGGCUUAACACUGCCUAUUUCCUCCUCUCUUGUCUGUAGGUUUGAUCCAGACUUCAUCUGCAACGCCUCUGACAACUCAGGCCGCUACUCCUAUCAGGCCCAACCGGCUAUCUGCCGCUGGAACCUGGCUCGCCUGGCCGAAGCCCUGGACCCAGAGCUGCCCCCAGGCCGGGCAGAGGCUGUCCUGGAUGAGUACCUGCCCCUCUACAACACCUUCUACCUGGGCAACAUGAGGAGGAAGCUGGGCCUGCUGAGGAAGGAAGAGCCGGAGGACGAGAUGCUCAUCACUGAGCUGCUGCAGACUAUGCAUAACACAGGUAGAGAGAGAGACAUACUCACCGGCCGGUUUAUUAGGUACAACCAUCUACACUGAACAAAAAUAUAAACACAACAUGUAAAGUGUUGGUCCCAUGUUUCAUGUGCUUUCCAUGCUCAUGAAAAGCUUAUUUCCCUCAGAUUUUGUGCACAAAUUUGUUUACAUUUUACAUUUUAGUCAUUUAGCAGACGCUCUCAUCCAGAGCGACUUACAGUUAGUGAGUGCAUACAUUUUCAUACUGGCCCCCCGUGGGAAACGAACCCACAACCCUGGCGUUGCAAGUGCCAUGCUCUACCAACUGAGCUACAGGGGACAAUUUUUUUAACAUUCCUGUUGGUGAGCCUUUGUCAAGAUAAUCCAUCCACCUGACAGGUGUGGCAUAUCAAGAAGCUGAUUAAACAGCAUGAUCAUUACACAGGUGCACCUUGUGCUGCGGACAAAGUAUUAAUAAAAGGCCACUCUAAAAUGUGCAGUUUUGUCACACAACACAAUGCCACAGAUAUCUCAAGUUUUGAGAGUGUGCAAUUGGCAUGCUGUCUGCAGGAAUGUCCACCAGAGCUAUUGCCAGAGAAUUUGAUGUUAAUUUCUCUACCAUAAGCCACCUCCCAACGUUGUUUAAGAGAAUUUGGCAGUACGUCCAACCGGCCUCACAUCUGCAGAUCACGUGUAACCACGCCAGCCCAGGACCUCCACAUUCAGCUUUUUCACCUGCGGAAUCGUAUGAGACCAGCCACUGGACAGCUGAUGAAACUGUGGGUUUGCACAACCGAAGAAUUUCUGCACAAAUUGUCAGAAACCAUCUCAGGGAAGCUCAUCUGCGUGCUCGUUGUCCUCACUAGGGUCUUGACCUGACUGCAGUUCAGCAUCGUAACUGUCUUCAGUGGGCAAAUGCUCACCUUUGAUGGCGUCGUGUGGGCAAGCAGUUUGCUGAUGUCAAUGUUGUGAACAGAGUGCCCCAUGGUUGCGGUGGGGUUAUGGUAUGGGCAGGCAUAAGCUACGGACAACGAACACAAUUGCAUUUUAUCGAUGGCAAUUUGACUGCACAGAAAUACAGUGACGAGAUCCUGAGGCCCAUUGUCGCGCCAUUAAUCCGCCGUCAUCACCUCAUGUUUCAGCAUGAAAAUGCAUGUCCCCAUGUCGCAAGGAUCUCUACACAAUUCCUGGAAGCUGAAAAUGUCCCUGCAUACUCACCAGACAUGUCACCCUUUGAGCAUGUUUGGGAUGCUCUGGAUCGACGUGUAUGACAGCGUGUUCCAGUUCCCGCAACUUUGCACAGCCAUUGAAGAGGAGUGGGACAACAUUCCACAGGCCACAAUCUACAGCCUGAUCAACUCUAUGCGAAGGAGAUGUCACGCUGCAUGAGGCAAAUGGUGGUCACACCAGAUACAGACUGGUUUUCUGAUUUACGCCCCUACUUUUUUUUUUUUUUUUAAGGUAUCUGUGACCAACAGAUUCAUAUCUGUAUUCCCAGUCAUGUGAAAUGCAUAGAUUAGCGCCUAAUUCAUUUAUUUCAAUUGACUGAUUUCCUUAUGUACUGUAACUCAGUAAAAUCUUAGAAAUUGUUGCAUGUUGCGUUUAUAUUUUUGUUCAGUGUAGUACCGGGUCGGACCCUCCUUUGCCUCCAGAACAGUUUUUUGUGUGUCGCACCAUUCUCGGUAAACCCUAGACACUCGAGCGUGAAAAGCUCAGGAGGGUGGCCGUUUCUGAGAUACUGGGUCCGGCGCGCCUGGCACCGACGUUCAUACCACGCUCAAAGUUGCUCAGGUCACUUGUUUUGCCCAUUCUAAAGUUCAAUUGAACAGUAACUAAUGCCUGUCUGCCUGUUUUAAAUAACAAGCCACGGCCACAUGACUCACUGUCUGUAGGAGCGACCCAUUUUCGUGAACUAGUACUUAAUAAACUGUCCGGUGAGUGUACAUACUCAUUGUACAUAACAAAGCUAUGGGGAAUGAGGAGGGACAAACCACACUCAGCACUGAUGCAUAGAAAGAUGACUCACGGUCACAUCAUUCACACAAAACACAGCUAUGACACUAAGACUAAGCAUGACUGAUUUAAUAUCUGAUCCUUCUUGGACACUAGGAGCAGACUUCACCAACACGUUCCGCUGUCUGAGCCAGAUCCCCUGCCCCACUGAGGGAGACGGGGAGGCAGAGGAAGGAGUCAUCAAAAUGGCCACAGACCUCCUCCUGGAGCAGUGUGCCUCUCUGGAGGAGCUCAAGGCUGCCAACAAGCCCAGCAUGGACCCACGGUGAGAGAAUAGAUUGACAUGAGCAGUGAGAACACAGGUAAUGGUUUGUUUGAAGCUGCUUGGUCUUGGGUCAUUGAAGCUGUAGGAGAGCUUUGGAAUUUGGUCAAUAAUACAGUAGUGGGCAUAGUCCAUUGGAUGCACAUGAUCCUCUGACCCAAGUGUUUGUCUAUUAAAGUCCUUCCACUCUUUCUCCUUCCUCUCUGCCUCUCCCUUCUAUUCGUUUUUUUUUUUGCGAUCACAUUUUUAUUGACAUUUUGCAUUAAGACACACCACUCUCCCUUCACCCUUCAGUGAGUUGGCCAUGCUGCUGCAGUUGGCCCAGAGCAACCCGUCCCUGUUCCAGAUGAUAUCAGACCGGAGGAUGGUGGCCAUGCAGCUGGAGAAGCUGGGCAGGCUGAAGGAGCUGCUGGAGGCUGACGAGGUGGAGGUCAAGGCCAAGCACAGGGAGGACUGGGCCACCUGGAUCACCUCAUACAAGCAAGUGCUUAUAUUUUUUAAGCGUCUCAGAGUAGGAGUGCUGAUCUGGGAUCAGGGCCCUUAUCCACAAAGUGUCUCAAAAAAGGUCCUAGGAAUCCUGUCAAAACCUGUUUUUAAGACAACAACAAAAACUCCCAGCUCAGGGUAGGUUUUAGGAUCUUGUUAAGACACUGUUCAGACAAACUCUGAGCCAGGAGUAAAAAUCAACUCAUAAAAGUUUAUCUCAGCUAGUUUACACAACAGUUUGAGGUACCACAAAGGAAAGAUAGUGAUGACGCUUAUUGACAUUGUUACAAAUGAUGGGAAAUAACCAAUCGCGAUGAGGCAUCGCAAGCUGUGAACGCUAUAGCACGCUUCAGACAACCACGGUGAAUGUGACUGUACAUCAAAUGUUGCAAUGGUAAAACAUUUGAUAUAAUUUUUGCCUGACAUGAUCACUAUUCCUACUCUUAAUUGUUGUCUAAAAUCUUUUUUAACCAAUUCUGUUAUUUUUUAUGAUGUGAUUUGCACUGAAUCACAUAAUCAUCAUGAUGGUUGUUAAAAGCAGAAUUUCGAUAAUAUUACAGCUAUAUCAACACACUCGUCACUCCCGUUCAACAACUUGAAAUCGCUUUGGCACAGUAGGCAUCAAGUCACUUGCCAAUAAUGUUGCAGAAAAUGUUUGAAAAGUCUAUAAUUUUCACUGAACACAAUCAAAGUUAACAUAGUAGUAAUAAUAAUAAUAAUAAUAAUAAUAAUUAUCUAUUAAACAUAGGCCCUAGAUGCUUUCAAUUGCCCAAGUUAUAGGCAUUUAGGAAUAUUUUGUAAUAACGUGAUAUUCCGCUACAAAGGGAUAACUUUAAAUAACAUGUUGGUUCAUUUAAAUAAUGUAUUAGUCUAGUGGGUAUAAGUAUUUAGGAAUAUCAUGGGAAUUAGGCCUUGUGAAAUCAUUGUCAAAAGCACAAGAGAUACUGUUGCAUGUAGGUCUAGAUUGUUUAUGGGUUGAUCAUAUCGAAAUAUCAAAACAUUCUUUCAACAACUCCAAAGCAAUUGCCUGUCUAUGGUGCAGGAACCACUGACCCUCUGCCUUUUUUCUAUUAUCAAGACACCUGCUGGUAACUCUUAACUGGUUAGGACAGCUCAUGAGGUCUCCUUAAUAUCUGUCGACUAGGUGGGACUCUUAUGACUAAAGAGGCUUAAUUCAUAGCUUUUAUUUUUACCCAUAAGAUUAGGAGUAAAAUGUAUAUUCUCAGCACUUACAACUAAUUCUCUACUCUGAGACGCUUUGUGGAUACGGCCCCAGGUCUCCCUGUCUUAAUGUGGAUACGGCCCCAGGUCUCCCUGUCUCCCUGUCUUAAUCGUUAUGAUCCAAAAGGCAAAACUGAUCCUAGAUCAGCAUUCCUAUUCCACGCAGUGAAUACAGGCCCUGAAUUGAACUUGCCAUUUUCUCAAACUCAGUGUUUGACAGUAUAUUAAGGUAACUCUAUCACCAGAUAUAUUGCUUUAGAAAUGUAGCAUGGGGAGAUGGAGAGAAGGGAAGGGAAUAAAAGCUUAGGAAAAAGCAGGUUGGUCUAAUGUUUGUACUAGAGGUGGUGUUAGUCGCAGUUAUUUGACUCGAUGCCAGCCUGUUCUCUCUGAACACAGUGGGGGAUUUCAUUAGGCUCAAACGUAAGAAAACGGACAUAGGGAGUGACUAACUGCACUUGUCCAAUAAGAAAUGCUUGUUUUUGUUCUCCAUUGCAAAACGUUUUGCUCAGGUGUGCCCUAAUGAAUCUAACUCUGUUGUGACUGGUGCAGGAAGCGUCUGGCUGGGGAGGUUGAGGGCCAGAGUGACGUCCAGGCACUGCAGGAGGAGAGAGUGAAGGUGAUGGAUGGCACCAACCCACGAUACGUCCUCAGGAACUACAUUGCCCAGAAUGCAAUAGAGGCAGCCGAGAAUGGAGACUUCACUGAGGUCAGGCUCCGAUCCUUUCUCCGUGUUACGUCUUCGUUAUUCUGUUAAAGCGACCAAAGGUUCAAUACCGCUUCCCCCUGAACUUUCGUUUGCAUUGUUCAAAUCAAUGAUUUCACCAGAACAGUAGGAUUCUCAAAAGGAAGGAAAAAAACAUGCUGUCUCUGUCUUUACUUGGAUUUCCCUCUCAUGGUUUGAUCUUUCUCCCAUCUCUCUGUGCCAUAGGUCCAGCGGGUCUUGAAGGUUCUGGAAAAGCCUUUCUCUACCCAGCCGGGUCUGGAGCAGCCGAGCUGGCUGGGCCGAGGGGGGGCAGAGGGGCAGGAGGAGAGGGAUGAGGGAGAGGAGGAGGAGCAGCAGGUGGCAGAAGCAGUAUCAUCCCGAAUGCGUGUUCCCUAUGACAGCAAGCCCCCGGUUUGGGCCAAUGAAAUCUGUGUCACCUGAUCUUCGUAGUCCCUUCCCUGACAGUCAACCCACCUAAAGUUACAAGAGAGAGUCACUCAGUAUUUUCUUCACCUCUGUUUACCUUUACCUCUCCCCUCUCUCUUGCUAUACUUGGGUGUGUAAUGUCAAGGAAGGUACAUUUGAGUUAAGAAGCUACUAUGUCAAACCGUCAGUCUAUAGAGGCGAGGAUGUGUUAAGAGUUUUGGCAAAUUUCACAGAGUACAACCCCAGAAAUCGGAAAUCACACCUUUGAUUCAAGUAAAAAUUACAUUUAUGGAAAUAUCACGUCUUCAGUAGAUCUAUACUCUUAAUACAGAUCCAGCUCUGUAGAUCUGUGUAGCCUAUUGGCUGUCUGGUUAUGAAUGACGGCCCAGACGUCCAGUCCUACAGUGACCCGUCUGAGUCUGAAAGACUAGGAGUAUUACCUCAAUUUACCAAAUAUCAUGUGUGUGUAAUAUGUCUGUAUGUGUGUGAAAGGGAAUGAUUAUAUAUGAAGAGUUACACAUCAUCUGAAUCGUACAGAAUGAUUCACAUGUGUAUGUGACUGACUGAACCGCAAAUGACUUAACGCACAAGUAUAACAUAAAUGUCAACAUGUAUAUAUGUCAUAGCAACCGUAACACUGACCACUUAGUGCUUCAUUGCACAAAUAGAACACCACAACAUUGUUGUAGGUCAUGAUAACAUUAUAUGUAUUGCCUACAUUUUCCAGGAAGCUUCAAAACUGCUAUUGUCAACCAAGAAAACCAUGAGAAAUAUACAUAUUUGUAUGAUUUGAUAUGCAAAUGAGAUGUCAUGAUGACGCUAAGGAAUUUGCUUUUAUGGCUUGUUCCUUGGUCAGUUGAAUUUCUUUAACUUUUGAUAUGUUAUGGCCCAAAGUUUAGCUGUUCAUAAUAUUGAAAAAGCCAUUCCAUUAAAAUUAUAUUUUUGGAAGUUGGAAGGUUUUACACAGACACUUAAAAAAAAAAUUGUAAAAAUAGAAACUGUGCGCUACUCAAAUGGCUUCUCUUGGGCAGGGCUCAAGUCUGUUCAUAUUGAUCAGUUGGAGCUUUUCUCUCAAAAGAAAGGCAAAAACAUUGCUUAUAAUAGAACAGACUAUCCUACAUGUAUAAUCCCUCACAAAAGCCAAUGAGAUUCUUACAUGGUAGUUUUUAGUCCUUGGUUAUUAAAGUAGAUAUGAUAUUCAAUGUAUUCUCUUCAGAGAGCUUCCUCUAUAUGUGAAUUGUAGUCAGUAAACUUCAACAAAAUCUAUGUUGGCUGUUAUUCUGUCUCUUUGUGCACACCCAUGCAU